AAAAUAUGUGGAGUCCCUCCCAGACUCUUCRCCGCUGCGCUGCUUCACGAGGAGCCUUCACUCCUCUGGACAUGCUGGGCUGGAACAUUUAGUUCAGAUGAACCUCUUCGUGUUUGCAGGACCACCGGUCCAGCUGCGGUGACGGUGCGGACUUUCCGGAGGUGAUUGCGCGAACGGUUUUGGAGACAAUCAACCUCACCUGACGCAGACGGCUGAGCCAAUCUGCUCCGCCUCUCUUCUGUGUGCUGACUGGUUGGGACAAUUACAGUUUUAAUGUGGUUUUAAAGCAGGAAGAAGUGGUGUGGGCUGGGUUAAAGUGGCACUUAUAAAGAGGCGCUUGUUGGGUUGUUUUUUUUUUUUUUUUUUUGCGCGCUUCACCCGCAGCCAGGCUGGAAAAGACGCACAGAAAGAAACAAGUAGUUUCAGAGGCGAUUUUCUUUAAGACACUACAGAAACUUUUUUUCCCCUUCUUUCCACUCAAGUGGGAACUAUGGGUGCAGGGGUGGACAGGUUAUUCAGGUCCKUGCUGCUGCUGCUGCCAGUCUUGGGGCUGUGUGAAGCUCUGCCAGAGAGCUGGCUGCCAGGAAACUACAGCAGCUCUGAUGCGCUCAGGUUCCUCAGCGACUACAACAGCACUGCUGAGGAGGUCUUCUUCCACAGCGUGUCUGCCAGCUGGAAUUACAACACCAACCUGACAGAACACAACUCCCAGCUGCAGGUUAAAGCAUCCCUUGAAGAACAAGCCUUCUCUGAAGCCUGGGGGUUCAAGGCCAAGGAGGUCUUUUCUGACAAACUUCUUGAGUCUCUCCCAAACCCUGAAGACAAGAAAUUGAUGGAAAAUAUCAAGGUGCUGGGUCCUGCCAACCUCCCACAGGCUGAAAGAGAAGAGUUCAACACCAUCCUCAGCACCAUGGACAGUAUUUAUUCCACCGCUAAAGUACACCCUCAGCCAAACAUCAGCUGGAGCCUGGAACCUGAAAUCACAGAAAUCAUGGCUAGCUCCAGAAGCUACAAGCAGCUGCUGUUUGCUUGGGAAGGUUGGCACAAUGCAUCAGGUGUGCCUCUGAAACAGUAUUAUCCCAGAUUUGUGGAGCUCAGCAACAAAGCAGCACGAGCCGAUGGAUUUGAAGACACUGGAGCUUAUUGGCGCUCUUGGUAUGAAAUAAACACAUUUGAGCAGGAUAUAGAAAAGCUCUAUAAGACCAUCGAGCCCCUCUAUCUGAACCUGCAUGCCUUUGUGCGCCGCAAGCUUUACAACUUCUACGGUUCCAAGUACAUCAAUCUAAAAGGACCAAUCCCUGCCCACCUUUUGGGAAACAUGUGGGCCCAGACUUGGAACAACAUUUAUGAUAUGAUGAUCCCGUUUCCUGAGAAACCCAACCUGGAUGUGACUGAAGAAAUGGUCAAACAAGGCUACAAUGCGACUCACAUGUUCCGUGUGGCAGAGGAGUUCUUCACAUCUCUGGGUUUAGCAGAGAUGCCCAGAGAGUUCUGGGAAGAAUCUAUGCUCGUUAAACCCGAUGGCCGAGAAGUCGUGUGUCAUGCAUCAGCUUGGGACUUUUACAACCGCAAAGAUUUCAGGAUUAAACAGUGCACCACAGUGACGAUGGAACAACUCGCCACUGUUCACCACGAAAUGGGGCACAUCCAGUAUUACCUGCAAUACAAGGACCAGCCUGUGGGCUUCCGCCGCGGAGCAAACCCUGGUUUCCAUGAAGCUGUUGGUGACGUCAUGUCACUCUCAGUUUCCACACCAACCCAUCUGCACAAAAUCAAUCUGCUGGAGUCUGUGACAUCCGAUGCUGAAACUGAUCUCAACUACUUAUUGAAGAUGGCUCUGGAGAAGAUAGCCUUCCUUCCUUUCGGCUACCUCAUUGACCUCUGGAGAUGGGGUGUGUUUCGCGGAAGCACCCCUCCAGACAAGUACAACUCUGAGUGGUGGUACCUCAGAACAAAAUACCAAGGGAUUUGCCCACCCACCAGACGUACAGAUGAGCACUUUGAUCCUGGUGCAAAAUAUCAUAUCCCUGGAAACACCCCAUACAUCAGGUAUUUUGUCAGCUUCAUCCUGCAGUUCCAGUUUCAUGAGAAACUAUGCCAGGCUGCUAAACACACAGGCCCCCUGCACACAUGUGACAUCUACCAAUCUGCAGAGGCAGGAGCCAUUCUACAGAAAGUUCUUCAGGCCGGCUCUUCCAAACCUUGGCCUGAUGUGCUUGAGGAGGCUAUAGGCACCAGGGAGAUGAGUGCCACCUCACUGAUGAAAUACUUUGAGCCUGUAACCAAGUGGCUGGAGGAACAAAAUAAGAAUGAGACCUUGGGAUGGCCUGAAUUCAGUUGGGUUCCACCCAUUCCUGAGGGCUACCCUGAAGAUAUUGACAAGAAUACAGAUGAGCAGGAUGCAAAGAAAUUUCUAGAAGAGUAUAACAGCACAGCUGAAGUGGUGUGGAAUGCAUACACCGAGGCCUCUUGGACGUACAACACUAACAUCACAGAAGCUAAUAAAGAGGCCAUGCUUAAGAAGAACCUGGAGAUGUCGAAACACACCUUAGACUAUGGGCUGAAGGCUCGCAAGUAUGAUACCUCUGACUUCCAGGAUCCCUCAGUCAAACGUAUAAUUGAAAAACUCAGCGACAUUGAGAGGGCUGCACUGCCUUCAGCAGAACUGGAGGAGUACAACACACUUCUGUCCAACAUGGAGACCAAGUACAGUGUGGCUGAGGUUUGCAGAUCCAAAGAGACAUGCUAUCCACUGGAUCCAGAUCUCCAGAGAAUCAUGGCAGAGUCCAGAGAUUAUAAUGAAUUGCUCUUUGCCUGGAAAGGAUGGAGGGAUGCUGCAGGCAAAGUACUCCGUCAGGAUUAUAAGAGAUACGUUGAACUGGCCAACAAAGCUGCCACACUCAAUGGUCAUUCUGAUAAUGGAGCAUUUUGGCGGUCUCUGUAUGAAACACCCACCUUUGAGGAAGACCUGGAGACUCUGUGGAAGGAGCUGGAGCCACUCUAUCUGAAUGUACAUGCAUAUGUUCGAAGGGCACUGUACAAAAAGUAUGGCUCCAACUACAUCAAUUUAAAGGGGCCCAUUCCUGCUCACCUGCUUGGCAACAUGUGGGCUCAGACCUGGUCUGGAAUAAUGGAUCUAGUGAUGCCCUUCCCAGAUGCCACACAGGUUGAUGCUACACCAGCCAUGUUGGCUCAG